AUGCCUACCGUGGAGAAGACUUCAGAUGGUCUCUACGAGAUCCUCCAGCAUCGAGUUGAACCCCUGCGAGACUACAUAGCCCGCUUCAACCAGGAGAAAGUGGCAGUCCCCGAAUGCAGCAUCCCUACCGUGAUCUCUGCCUUCAAAAGAGGUCUACUUCCAGAUGGGGGGCUAUACAAAGAGUUGACCAUGUACCCUUGCAAGACCAUGGAAGAUGUGUUGUCCCGAGCCUGGGCGCAGGUGAAGUGGGAAGAAGAUGUGGCUAGCCGUGCCAAGGCUCAGCCAAAGGAGGACCAAAAGUCAGCCCGAUCAGAUCGAGGAGACCGAGAGGAAAGAUCCUCCCAGAAAGGAUCCAAAGACUCUGGUAGUAGGAACAGGGGCAGGUUCCAGUAUGGGCCUCAAGAGAAGGAAGAAGGGAUGUCAGUAUCUACCUGGCCCGAUAUCUCCCAUCUCUCAAUAUCAACACCAGAGCUAGUCAACGCACUAAGACAGAUGGGCCAACAGGUUAAGUGGCCCCCAAAUAUGAAAGCACCUGACUCGUUCCGGAACCUGGAACUUUGGUGCGACUUCCAUCGCGAUCAUGGCCACAAAACCAAAGACUGCAUCGCCCUGAGGAUCGAUGUCACCGAACUAAUCCAAAAGGGCAUCUCCAAGAAUACCUCUAAGAGAAAGCCAAGGCCCACCUCAGCAAAGAGACAGCAGGGAAAUCCAAAGGAGCUGCACCAACCUCACCACCUCGCCAAGAUCGGGCGAUCCAUGUCAUAUCCGGAGAUUCAGAAGUAA